UGCGACAGUGGUGGGAAGUGGAUGCUUUUUCUUUUUAUUGGUUUGAUUUUGGAAGCUUUUGUUGAAAAAGCAAUUCAGAUGAACCGAGCUGUUCAUAAUCAAAAAAUCGGAAACAAUCCCAGUUUUGUGACGGUGUGUGUAGAACGUAAGUUACGCUAGCCCGAGGGGUACCCAGACAAAAUCAACUAGCUCCAGCACUGUUCAUGCGUCUGUCAUCACCGUACGAUACGUCAAGUAAAGUUUGUUAUCUGUACUGCGGCUGUAAUCAGUCAUUGUGAUCUAGGCCUAGGCCCACAGAAGAUAGUUGUGAUCUUGUGAUCCACCAAAAAAGAAUACAAGUGUAAAUAUGUAUUUCAGGAUUUGUUGUGUUCUGAUGCUUGUUUUCGUUGAAACAUGCGCUUCACAAUCGUGUACGAGUGAUGAGUUCCGGUGCUUUGAUGGGCAGCAGUGUAUUAACAGGACGCUUCGUUGUGAUAUCAUCAAUCAUUGUCAAGAUGGUUCAGAUGAGAUGAAUUGCAGCCCAGAAGAGUGCGGAUCUACACGUUUUGCAUGUGGAAGUGGCGAGUGUAUUAGAAUUGAAUACCGUUGCGAUGGUCAAUACGAUUGUGUAGAUAUUUCAGAUGAAUUUAAUUGCUCAUUCAGGAAUUGUACUGGAGAUGAGUUUACUUGUAAUACUGGGUUAUGUAUCAAAGAUAACUUCCUAUGUGAUGGGUUUGAUGAUUGCACUGAUUCCUCAGAUGAAAAACACUGUGGCUCUGCGAGUUUUUUGUGUCUACCAGGACAGUGGGCAUGCCGGAGUGAGAUAAAGUGUAUCUAUCUUGCUGAUCUUUGUAAUGGUCAAACAGACUGUAGUGACGGUGAAGAUGAGAACACUCCAUGUGAUUCAAGAAACUGUGGAACACUCGGUUGCGAGGUUGGUUGUCACGCAUCUCCGGAGGGAGGGGUUUGUUUCUGUCAGCUUGGAUACAUGCUCAAUUCCACCAAUAAUAUCACCUGUAUUGAUUUUGAUGAAUGUGGAAAUUGGGGAUUUUGCGAGCAGGGCUGUGUCAACUCGCCUGGUUCGUACACCUGCUCUUGUGAAUCUGGGUAUACGCUGAAUAAUGACAACAAAUGUAUUCCAAAUGCUCCAGAUGCAUAUGUUGUAUUUGCUUCUGGAACUUCUAUCUACAAAGUUGAUGUGGAUGGGAGCAACAAACAAGAAAUAUUGCAAGAUGUAAAUGGAAUUGGGUUGGAUGUGGAUUAUGCUAAUAAUAAAGUAUAUUGGACAGACAAUAAACAAGAUAAGGUUUACAGGAGUGACCUAACUAACCCUUCAGCGGAAGAAAUAAUGGAUCUUGGUCGAUCCGUCCCAGAAAAUGUUGCAGUUGAUUGGAUUGGUCGGAAGCUGUACAUCGUGGAGAGUAUCUCUGACAGAGUCUUCAUCUCUGAGUUGAACGGUACCAGCCAGAGCUCGCUGAUAAUUUCUCAAUUGGAUCAGCCCAGGGGAUUAGCACUUGAUCCUAAUGUUGGGUACAUGUUUCUAGGGGAUUAUGGGGACCAAGCAAGGAUUGACCGUGUCUAUAUGGACGGAAGUCAUUUCUUGACACUUAUUGAUACUAGAGUGUAUUGGCCGAAUGGUAUCUCCCUGGAUUUUGCAGCUCAGCGAGUGUAUUGGGUGGAUGGCAAGUUGGAUAUUUUAGAUUCGGUGACUUAUGAUGGCUUGAAAAGACAAACAAUCUACAGCGGUGGAAGCCAGAUUCCGCAUCCGUAUGACCUAUGUGUGUUUGGUCAGUACGCAAUAUACUCAGACUGGACACAUCUCACUGUAAAUCGUAUUAACCGGUUCAACCUGACCAACAGCCAGAAAAUAGAGUUACACCAAUCCACAGGCGAUAUUAGACCGUAUAGUGCCAAGUUUGUUCAUCCGAAUCGACAGCCUACAACAGUUUCUAACCCAUGUGGUUCCAACAAUGGAGGAUGCUCACAUUUAUGUAUCCUUUCUCAUCGGUCGUACAACCAAGGUGUUGGGUAUCGUUGCCGAUGUCCUAAUGGCUUCCAGCUCCAAUCGGAUGAAAAAACAUGUGUUUAUCUGCAGGAUUUUUUGCUGUACACAACAGUGAAUUCAGUUCGCGGAGCCCCUGUGGAGCCAGAUGCUGCGAUCAUUGACACUAUUCAACCCAUAAGCGUAUCCAGGGGAUAUAUAGUUGGUAUAGAUUUUGAUGCCGCCAAUGAAUAUAUAUAUUAUUCUAACACCAUAGACAACACCAUAUAUCGAGUCAGAAGAAAUGGAACAGACAGUCAGUUGGUGCUAGCUGGCCAUAACUAUGACAUACAAGGCCUAGCAUAUGAUUGGACGACCAAGAACCUUUACUUCACAGAUGACACUUUGAACUCGAUCACUGUUAUUAGGGUCGAGAAUUUAACAAACGUAUAUCAACGAACGCUCAUAACUCAAUUACGCAGACCUAGAGCAAUAGCUGUCCAUCCGUUGCAAGGGCAACUUGAUAGGGUCGAGUCUGCCUCAUUAACAGGAAGUGAUCGUCAGCAGUUAGAGGUGGCAAGUAUCGCCAGUCCAUUUGGUAUUGCUGUGGACAGUUCUUACGUAUAUUUCACUGAUUCACGGACCAAAUCAAUAGAUCGCAUUGACAAACCAUUAGGUGGAUUUCAAACAAGCGUGCGAUCUUUUGUGGAGGACAUUCUUGAGCUGAAGACCUAUAGUGCAUCAUCACAAACUGGUACUACUACAUGUAAUGAUGGUUUGUUUGCUAAUGGGGAAUGUGAGGACUUCUGUUUUCCUGUUGGAACCAGAAGUCGUGUCUGCGGAUGUAGAUACGGAAGGAAACUAGCUAGUAACCUACAGGAUUGUGAGGACAAUAGCAGUGAGGAGCCGCCUAAUUUCUGCUCAUCACGCGCCUUUCAGUGUGAUAAUGGUCGGUGCAUCUAUGCCUCAUGGGAAUGCGAUGGCGAUAACGAUUGCUUUGACAACAGCGAUGAAAGUCAUUGUGGUGAUAUAACAUGUUCUCCACGUGCAUUGAAGUGUGGUGAUGGAACAUGUCUGCAUGAGCGUUAUGUCUGCGAUGGUACCAAUCAGUGUAAUGAUGGCGCUGAUGAAGCAGAUUGUGCUCCACCUCAGUGUAGAAGUUCAUAUUUCCAAUGCAACAACUCAAGAUGUAUUCCACAGGCUUGGCUCUGUGAUACUGAUAACGAUUGCAGAGAUGGUUCUGAUGAAGAAAACUGCGAGGCUGUAACUUGUCCUUUGGGCUAUUUUACAUGUGUCACUAUUCAACGUUGUGUCCAUCCACUGUGGCUUUGUGAUGGGGACAAUGAUUGUGGCGACUUUAGUGAUGAGCAAGGAUGCGCACCACAGAGUUGUAGUAGUACAGAGUUUGCGUGCAGUGAUGGUCAAUGUAUACCUGACAAUUAUAGAUGUGAUUCUGUGUAUGACUGUCCUGACAACACUGACGAAGAGGAUUGUACUUCAUUACCACCAGGAACCUGCGAUGAUACUGAGUUCAGGUGCAUUGUGGGUGAAGAAUGUCUGCCGUCUAAUUGGGUUUGUGAUGGCCGCGCAGAUUGCGAUGAUGGCAGUGAUGAGCUCACUUGUGAUCCACCAACUUGUCCUGGAACGUUCUUCCAAUGUGCUAAUGCCUUAUGUAUUCCUGCUCGCUGGAUUUGUGAUUCGGAUAACGACUGCGGUGACUUGUCGGAUGAACAGGGUUGUCCGACACAACCUUUCUCUUGCCAAAUUGGGGAAUGGGGUUGCGAGGACAAUGUCUGUAUUUCAUUAACCUCCGUAUGCGAUGGCAUGCCUGACUGCACAAAUGGAGAGGAUGAGAGCCCAUUAUGUAAUGAGCAGAGUUGUAGUACAAACAAUGGAGGAUGUAGUGAGCUCUGCUUUCAGACACCAUUUGGAGCACAGUGCGGAUGCAGCGAGGGCUAUGAAUUGGUCAACUCAACAAUAUGUGAAGAUAUUGACGAGUGUAUGCCUCUUGGUCAUUGUAGCCAGAAUUGUACCAACUACAAGGGGUCUUUUGACUGCCAGUGUGAAAGUACAUACAUCCUGAACCCAGAUGGACGAACAUGCAAGGCUCAAAAUUCAUCUGAUGCAUAUCUGAUAAUCUCCAAUCGUAAUCAACUUAUUAGAAUGAACAUACAUCAAGACACUGCUGGAGUUAUUGUUAAUGAUCAAACCAACAUCGUUGCCACAGACUUUGAUUAUCAGACAGCAAGACUCUAUUACACAGAUAGUGAUGUUUCUAAGAUUUUCAGUUGUAAUCUUGAUGGUUCUGAUCCCACAGUCUUUUUAGAGGCUGGUAUGUUUCUUACGGAAGGAAUUGCUGUGGAUUGGAUUGGGCGCAAUAUUUAUUGGUUAGAUUAUUCAUUAAGGGUUAUGGAGGUCGCUCGUCUUGAUGGGCAGCAUCGUGCUAUCCUUAUAAGCACAAACUUAACAAACCCACGUGGAAUUGCUCUUGACCCUCGACCCCCAUUCCGUUAUAUAUUUUGGACUGACUGGGGUACUAAUCCACGCAUAGAACGUAUGGCGAUGGACGGUACAGAACGUAUACAAAUAGUGACAGACAAACUCUACUGGCCUAAUGCCAUCACGAUUGACUAUCCAAACUCAAGGAUCUACUUUGCAGACAGCAGAUUGGAUUUUAUCGACUACUGCGAUUAUGAUGGAAAUGGACGAAAACAGUUACUUGUCAGCACCCAGCUCUCAGACACAACAGAAGAGCAUUUGCGACACAUUCAUUCACUUACGUUGUUUGAAGAUUACUUGUAUUGGACUGAUCGCCUAAACAAUGAAGUUUUACAAGUUCACAAAUUUAAUAGUUCCGAUGUUCGGCCGACUCUUACCGGUCUAAGAAUGCCUCUUGACAUCCACGCCUACCAUUCUGUUCGGCAACCAAUGGCCCCUAACCCAUGUGCUGACAAUCCAUGUUCAUUCAUAUGUGUGUUGGCCAGAAACGAUAAUGGUUACACCUGUCUCUGCCCACCUGGAUUGAAACUUCAGAGUGACAGCUUAACCUGUGGAAUGGGUGAUCCAUUCUUGUUGCUGGCAUUGGGUUUAUAUGUCGAUGGAAUUAGUCUGGAUCCCACGGAUAAAACCUACACGUCCAUCAUUCCAGUUUUGGGAGCCUCAAAUGCAGUUGACGUUGAUUUUGAUGUAGAAAAGGGCUAUCUGUAUUGGGUUGAUCAAAGGGACAGUGAUGGUAAUGGUUUGGGCGUUAUAAAACGUACCCUGAUCACAGGUGAGAAUUCGACCACGGUAUCACCUUCAGCCUAUGUUGGAUCACCAUCUUCAAUUGCCAUUGACUGGCUUGCAGACAACAUGUAUUGGGGAAAUCCAACUAUGCAUACAAUUGAGGUGAUGCGGUUGUAUGAGGAUGUUGCGUAUCGUAAAGUUAUCCUCUCCAGCAAAGGAGGGAACGUUGACAAUCCAGUAUCCAUGUGUGUUAAUCCUAAUAACGGAAAAUUAUACUGGGCAGAUAAUGGUGCAAUCUCCAAGAUAAUGGGCGUUGUGAGAGAUGGUAGCAACCCUCAGGUUGUGACAACUCAAAAUGUACAGAAUAUUUUCUAUAUCACUAUAGAUGUUUCAUCUCAGACACUAUAUUGGACACUAAGCACUGGAUCUAUAUGGAAAAGUAAUGUGGAUGGAAGUAAUCAGACACCAGUUCGUAGUGAUCUUUUAAAUCCACGCGGAAUUGCUGUCUACCAGAACUAUAUAUAUUAUGCUGAUGAUAAUUAUGAGAAAAUAGAGAGACUGUCAGUAACGAAUCCAACCGAUGCAGAAGUCAUGCGAAGGAAUGUGGUAGGAAUACGUGGAAUGCGUGUGUACACGCGAGAAGGGCAGACCAACAACCCGUGCGGAAACAACAAUGGGGGCUGUGAGCAGUUAUGUUUGAUUACAGGUGUCAGUUCCAAAGUCUGUGCCUGUGAAACUGGCUCCAUUUUGAAUAAUGAUGGAACGACAUGCAAAAACAUGUCAAACUUGGUAAUAGUUUCUGAGGUCAGUUACCUGAGGGGAUUUAGCCUUGAUCUCGGCAUCCAUGACGAUGCCAUGACCCCCAUCACAACAGGAGAUUCCAGUGAUUUUGGUGAGAUAGAUGUUCAUGUUGCCAGUGGUUACAUGUACUACAUUGACAGCUACUCAAAAAUCAACAGGGUGAGGCUGGAUGGUAGCACUCCAGAAACUAUCAUUGAUGACUCAAGCUUUCAACACGGCUUUGGAGGACUAGCUGUUGAUUGGCAAGCGGGUAAUUUAUAUUGGACUAGUUCCUUUACAUAUGAGAACUACAUUGAGAUGAGUCGCUUAGAUGGGAGCUACAGGACUGUACUUUGGAAGACUCCAGAUACGUCACCCUCCUCUAUCGCUGUCAAUCCAAAUCUUGGAUACCUAUAUUAUGCAGAUAAUGGCCAAAUAAGGCAAAUAGUACGUGCAAGCCUGAACGCAAAAGAUCGCGUUGUUUUGGUGAAUACUACAAUCAGUUAUGUAACAGAUAUCGCCGUUGACUAUGUCACAAAUGAUGUUUACUGGAGUGACAGCCGCGUUGAUACCAUACAGCGGAUGAAGUGGGACGGAACAGAAAGAACUUUUGUUCAAGAAUUCAUAACUGCUCCAUCUGGAAUUGCAAUUUAUAAAGACUAUUUGUAUUGGACCGACUUCGCUCACAAGAGACUCUAUAGAGCAUCAAAAGAUCCAAGCAAUUCGCCGGUGGUGUUAGCUGACAAACUUGCUGCAGCAAAUAAAGUUGCAGUGUAUGGCGAUAUGUUACAGCAGGCAGACAGUGGAAAUUUGUGUAGCGUGCAAAAUGGUGGAUGUGAGCAGCUCUGCUUUCGACUGCAAAAUACAAAUAGAAACAGCCGGCAAUGUGGUUGCGCCCAUGGACAACUUCAGGAUGAUGGCACCUCAUGUGCAACACCAUCAACCUACUUGGUAUUUGCUAAAGACAAUGAAAUUCGUAGCCUUCAUCUGGAUAAGACGGACACUUCGGCUCCAAUUCCAGCAAUCAGAAACUUAAACCAAGCUGUCGCUCUCGACUUUGACUACCAGGAUAGUAGAAUUUACUUCACAGAAGCCAGAGGGAAGACCGUCAAGUGGGUGAAUUCUGACGGCUCAGGAGACCCUGUGACAAUUCUAUCACGUAGUAAUGGCCUACGCUCUCCAGAAGGCCUUGCGUUUGAUUGGCUGCACAAACGAAUCUACUGGGCUGAUCGAGCGGCUGGUACAAUCUCUGCAUGCGACAUUGAUGGAGGGAACACAGCAUUAAUCAUUCGAGCAGACAAACCAAGAGCAAUUGUUCUUGAUCCAUGUGCUGGACGAAUGUACUGGUCCGAUUGGGGAACACAACCUAAAAUAGAAAGAGCAUCAAUAGUAGGGCAUUAUAGGGAGACAGUUAUCGAUACUGACAUCACCUGGCCAAAUGGGCUCACCAUUGACUAUGAGGAAUUGAAGCUCUACUGGGCUGAUGCUUACCACGAUCGUAUUGAACGAGCCAACCUUGAUGGGACGCAACGUGAGGUUGUUGUUAUGCGUGCAGUGCAACCGUUUGCCCUCACUCUGUAUGGAAACUAUAUCUACUGGACUGAUUGGACACUAAAAGCAGUUCUGAGAGCGGAGAAACAUACCGGAGCCAAUGAGGUCACUCUUGCACAGAAUUUUGAUAAACGACCAAUGGAUAUACAUGUGUUUACAACCGACAGACAAGUCUGUUCUGUUAGCCCUUGCGCUACUUACAAUGGAGGAUGCAGUGACAUUUGCUCUCCGGGAAUUGGUGGCAGUUCAGCAGUGUGUUCGUGUCCGGAUGGGAAAAGGCUAGUCUAUAACAACAAAACAUGCGUUGAUGAAAGUGCUACGUGUGAUCCUGGUAAAUUUUAUUGUAACAAUGGAAUCUGCAUUCCCGAGUCCUGGGUGUGCGAUCUUGACAAUGAUUGUGGAGAUGGAUCUGAUGAGGCUCAGUACAUCUGUGCUUUCCAUCAGUGUGAAGCAACAGAGUUUUCCUGCAGUAAUGGAAGGUGCAUUCCAUACUCAUGGCGUUGUGAUUUUGAUAAUGAUUGCAGAGAUAACAGUGAUGAAGUUGAUUGUCCAUUCCCUACUUGUGUUCCGGAGGAAUUUACCUGCCCAAGUGGGCGCUGUUUAAGUCAAGCUGCUGUAUGUGAUGGUUUCAACCAUUGUCGCGAUCAAAAUGCUACUGACGAGAUCAAUUGUGCAUCGCCAGAACCCUGCCCAACAAACUAUGACCGUUGCCCUUCCAACAAUCUGUGUAUUCAUGAAACACACUAUUGUGAUGGUGAUAAUGAUUGCUUAGAUGGCUUCGACGAAGAUCCAGAUAAUUGUCGCUUAAAUACUUGUCCUGAAACGUAUCGUCGAUGUAACACCUCACAGCGCUGUUAUCCUGGUAGUUGGUAUUGUGAUGAUGAGUUCGACUGUGUUGACCAGAGUGAUGAACCAGUUGGUGUCUGUGACUCCCCUGACUUCACCUGUCAUACUGGUUAUUUCACCUGUCGUAACAACCGCUGCAUCCCUUUGAGUUGGGUGUGCGAUUCAGAAAAUGAUUGCGGAGAUAAUUCGGAUGAGGACAGUUCAGAAGUAGACUGCACAUCUUCGACAUGUGGUGCAAGUUACUUCACUUGCCAGAUACCAAAGCCAGGCUUCAGUCGCUGCAUACCUAAUCGCUGGCAGUGCGAUGGAGAAAGUGAUUGUGAAGAUGCUGAAGAUGAAGAGAACUGUGAGAGGGAGAGCUGUGGUGCAGGUGAAUUUGCAUGUACUAAUGGACUUUGCAUACCCUCCAGCUGGGAAUGCGACCACGAUAAUGAUUGCGGGGACCAAUCGGAUGAGAGAAAUGAUUGUGAUUACGAUACAUGUGCCAGCGGAAUCGAGUUUUCAUGUAAUAAUGGACGGUGUAUAACUUCAUCAUGGAAGUGCGAUGGAUUUGAUGAUUGCAGAGAUGGAAGUGAUGAGGCAGACUGUUCUACGGUGGCUCCAUUUUGCCCAGCAGGCGAGUUUCUGUGUGGAAACACAAAUUGCAUCAGUGCCACUCUUGUUUGCAACAAAAUAGAUGAUUGUCAAGAUCAGUCGGAUGAAGAACAUUGUGGUAUUAAUGAGUGUGAUAAUGCAGCAGCUAAUCAGUGUGCACAUGGGUGCGUUGACCUUCCCACUAGCUUCAGGUGUACCUGUGAAGAUGGCUACAAGUUAGCUGCUGAUGGAAGAGCGUGCGAAGAUAUUAAUGAAUGUGAGGAAACGCCUUGGGUCUGCAGCCAGAUUUGUAGUAACGCAUUCGGAACUUACAGUUGUAGAUGUGUCGAAGGUUAUGCUGCAGAGGACAACGGUGCCAAAUGCAAACACAUAAGCGGUGGAGAUCCGUAUUUAUUAUUCAGCAAUCGUUACUAUGUUCGCAACAUUACUCUUGAUGCGAGGCAGCAAGGAAUUGUGACUCAAGGAUACACAAGCAUAGUUGCACUAGAUUUUGAUGUGAAAGAGGGCAGAAUUUACUUCACUGAUAUUUCAAACGAUAAAAUAUACCGAAUGUUCUUGAAUGGUAGUGGUGAAGUAGAAGUAAUUAUUGAUCAAUAUGUAGCAGACGGCGAAGGCUUGGCUGUGGACUGGGUUGCAAGAAAAAUUUACUGGGUAGACCGUACCUAUGAUGUCGUGGAGGUUGCAGAAUUGGAUGGAUCAUUAAGGAAAACUCUAAAACGAGAAGGUCUAUUUGAGCCUAGAGCUAUAGCAUUGGACCCACGGAAUGGAUAUGUUUACUGGACUGACUGGGGACUAAGCGCUUACAUUGGGAGGAUGGGAAUGGAUGGAAGUAAUCCUAGUGAAAUCCAUUCGGAUAAACUAGUGUGGCCAAAUGGACUCACUAUCUGCUAUGCAACUAAUAAGUUGUAUUGGGUUGAUGCUCACCUUAAUCACAUAGGGUACUCUAAUUUUGAUGGUAGCAACAUGACGUUCCUUUCAACGUUUGUAAGUCAUCCGUUUGCAAUUACUGUUUUUGAAGAAAUGCUUUACUGGACUGAUUGGAACACAAAAACUAUUAAUACGGUCAACAAACUCCGUGGAGGCAAUUACACUGUAGUUGGUGGCAAUAUCCAUCGACCAAUGGACAUUCACAUUGUACACGAGUUGCGACAAGAUCAAAGUUUGGUGAACCCAUGCGCUAGUAGCAGUUGCAGCCAUUUGUGUCUUAUCGCUCUCGGUGGAUCAUCGUACAAAUGUGCAUGCCCUGAUAACUUUAGAUUAGUUAAUGGCAUUACGUGUGAAGCAAACUGUACCAACCAACAGUUCCGUUGCAAUGACAACAGCAAAUGUAUCCCAAGUUACUGGAAGUGUGAUGGCGAGGUCGACUGCGCUGACGGAUCAGAUGAACCCAGCUCGUGUCCACAGCCAUUCUGUAGUCCAGGAUAUUACCCUUGUGACAAUAAAGUGUGUAUUUUCCCACAAUAUAUGUGUGAUGGGAAGGACGACUGUGGAGACAGUAGUGAUGAAGGCACAAUGUGUGAUAACUCUGAAUGCAGUCCCUGGGAGUUCAGAUGUGGGACAGGUAAUUGCAUUCAACAAAGAUUGGUGUGUGAUCAAGUCAACGAUUGUACUGAUGGCUCUGAUGAAAGUUCAGGAACAUGUGCUGGUCGGCAAUGUCUAGACGGAUACUUUACUUGUGAUAAUGGUUACUGCAUCCCUGAAUCUUGGGUUUGUGAUCUUGAUAAUGACUGUGGUGAUAAUAGUGAUGAGCCGCAUAGUGUUUGCCAGCAAGGCACAUGCCAACCGGGAUGGCUUCCAUGUGAAACUAAUUACCGCUGCAUUCCUUCCUAUGCCUUCUGUAAUGGGUAUGACAAUUGCCGAGAUAACAGUGAUGAGAGUUCAUCUAAGUGUAACAACCAGCAAUGUGACAGUGUUGGUGAGUUUCAGUGCUCAGAUUCCUCGUGUAUACCUUUACGUUGGAAAUGUGACACAGAAAAUGACUGUCCAGAUGGUGGCGAUGAAGAGGGCUGUGCACCGAGAGAUUGUACUGAAAGUGAGUUCAGAUGUGGUGCAACACAAGUAUGCAUUCCAAGUACUUGGAUCUGCGAUCAUGAUGAUGACUGCGGGGAUAACACGGACGAAAUAGCUUGCCUGGACAAGCCGUGUGAUGUUCACUAUUUCCAAUGCGAUAGCGGACAUUGUGUGCUGCAAGAAUAUGUAUGCGAUGGUGAUGCAGACUGUCGCGAUUUAUCUGAUGAGUUCAAUUGUCCAACACGGUACCCUGGCGGAUUUUACUGCUUGCAGGGUGAGUACACCUGCAGUAAUAAAAUCUGCGUCAGCAUGGAUUGGUUGUGUGAUGGGGAUGAUGACUGCGGAGAUGGUAGUGACGAAACAAAAGAUAUUUGCUUAAAUUUGGAUUGCAAAGAAUCUACUCAUUUCCGAUGUUCAGAUCUGACGUGCUUGCCGCUAUGGAAACAGUGUAAUGGCGUCAAUGACUGUGGUGAUGGCAGUGAUGAAAACAAUCAUGAUAUAUGUAGUCGCCCUGAAACGUGUGGUGCAGAUGAAUUCAAGUGUAUCAAUUUGGAAUGCAUCCCUCUAGAGUUUGUUUGUAAUGGUGUCCUCAACUGUAAUGAUAAAUCAGAUGAACAAGGAUGUGCAACUGGAACAUGUGGCACCAACAAUGGGCAAUGUGAGCAGAAAUGCAUUGAUCUGGGAAGAGGCUACGCAUGCAGUUGUAACGAUGGAUAUAUCGUAUCUGCAGUUGACGGAAAAUCAUGUGAAGAUUAUAAUGAAUGUCUCGAAAAUCCAUGCAUGCAAGUAUGUACCAAUACGAAAGGGAAUUACACCUGCUCAUGUGCUCCAGGCUACAGUGCAACAGAUAGCAAAGGAACCCAGCCAGACUGUAAAGCAGAUAGUGGAAAGCCAUCAAUAAUAUAUGGAGAUGGAAAUUCCAUUCGACAGUAUUUCCCAGAAUCCAAAGAAUAUGUCGAGUUGAUUCGCUUCCAAGCCAGAGUACAAGGGUUAGACUAUGAUACCACCAGCAAUAUAACAUAUUGGAUUGAUUCUGGACUUACAUCAAUUCAAAGAGCGCGUAUUGGAUCAAAAACCUUGCUGACUCCUGAGACAAUUAAUAUUCAAAAUCUACAGAAUCCUUAUGGUAUUGCUGUUGAUUGGUUUGGACAGAAUAUAUUUUGGACUGACCAAGGUAUUAAUGGAGGUGCACCAAGAGUAAGGAGGGAUAGUGGAUCUGGACCAAGAAUCUCAAUGGCUAAGCUAGACGGCCGUUACAUUAAGACCAUAGUGAACACAGAUCUUAGUCGCCCCGGUGCCAUUGUAGUCAACCCAAAUAAAAGGCUGAUGUACUGGACAGACUAUGGAGCCUCACCUAAAAUUGAAUGGUCCUGGAUGGACGGAACGAAUAGACACACAAUAGCAGAUGGUCGCAUUGUACAGCCUACUGGAUUAGCUAUUGAUUUCGCCAAUGAUGGAACUGUAUAUUGGUGUGAUGCAAAGGAAAACACGAUAGAAUCGAUAGCAUAUGAUGGUACCAACCGAAAACUUUUGAAAUAUGGCUCAGAGUUACAAAAUCCAUUCCAAUUGGAUGUGUUUGAGACAAGUCUUUACUGGACCACUGGUAAGACAGAGGCUUCAGGCAGUAUCAUGAAACUUGAUAAACUUGGACGAGGAGUACCAGUUGAUGUUACCGUAGGAAUUAACCUGCCAACAGCCAUUAAGAUGUUCCAUCCUUCUAGAUACAGUAUCUCAUCUCCUAACUCUUGUGCUAAGGCAAAGUGUAGCCAUAUUUGUAUCCAGAUUCCAAUGAUGGACAACAAUCGUAUAACUGAUGGCUUCAAGUGCCAGUGCCCUGAUGGUGACGACUUUAUACCUGGUAGCGAUACUUACUGUAUAUCAGUUAUGGAAGAGCCUAGAACUUUACCUCCACUGCCAUGUAAUUGUCCUGAUGGCGUUGGCUGCUAUCCUGGCACGUCAAUCUGUGUGUGUGAAUCUAAUUGUAAGUCAACAGCAAAGCCACAGACCUCAGAUGAUCCAGGAACAAAAGCCAUUAUAGCUGUUAUUGUUGUCUUGCUUGCCUUCGUCAUUCUAGCUCUCCUAGCACUUAUUGUUUAUAGAUCGAGAAAACGAGGUUCUACCAAGUUUGCAGCAGAAGGACCUGUCACAUUCCGAGGAGGAACCAACGUAGAUAUUACAGGAGCAACCAAUGGAAGUGGGCCAACAGGCAUGCCGCCGCCUGUUUCUAAUGAAUUUACAAUUAAUACGGAAACUAGCAACAAUUUUGAAAACCCUGGUUACGAAAUUGCUACACCUAAUUUGUAUGCUGUUGGCAACGGCAAUACACAGAACAGUGCUCCAGAAAAGACUGGCUUGCCGGAUGAUCAGGCCGAACCACUUCCUGAAAAAGUUGGUCUACCAGAUGAUGUCAUUGGGAGUGUAGUACUAGGAAGUCCGCCAGUGAAUGCUGCUCCGAUGGAACCCCCUCCGGCAUAUUCUCCGACUGAAACUUUUGAUGACAAUGAUCAGAAAAAUUUAGUAGAGAAAGGUGAAAUGUGAUUUGACACAGUUAUUGUUGCAUCUUCCUAGAUUCACAAAGAAUGGGUAUUUUUAGUAAAAACCUUGCAAGUGUUUGUACUUUUGUCUUGCAUAUAAAACAUGCAAACAAAGUAUACAGAUAAUUUGUGGAAUCUGAAAACAAACAUCUGUAAGUUUAACUUGAUUUUAAAUCAAUUAAUUUUUUAAUAUCUCAUAAAUUGGACAUUUUUUGUGCAGUGUUAUAAUACCACCAGUAUAUUUGACAUUACAAUGUACCAUAAAUGACCCAAUAAGCGUCUUUUUCAAAUAAGCAUCGCUGCUGAAUAAGCACCUUGCCAAACAUGAUGGUUUUUUUGCUAAGCGCCACUCUCAAAUAUGCACAACAACACUUAUUAGAGAUGCAUUUUUAAUCGGAAAAAUAACCAAAUUCUUACAAAAUUUAUAAUACUUAUGUUGCAAUAUGCAGUAUGUGAGAUAGGACUAUGUACUACACAUAGUACCAGUUAAACACUAAAAUUAUUUUAGUGUGCUGCUCUCUUGUAGAAGGGCUGCUGCAUUUUUUAUUGGUUCAUUUACGGUAUUUUAAUGGAUAAAAUAAUAUACUGAUGCGGUUUAGGUAUCUUAGAUGCAAUAAUGAACGAAAAGGUCAUUUAAUCUCUCAAUUUUAUUUCUGAAUAGGACAAUAUUUUUAUAUCAAUUAUUAUUGCAUGUAAAACAAUAUGCAAUAAUUGUAUUUUUCACAAUAUUGUAUAUAAAUUGAAUCAAAAUGUUGAUAUAUAUGUAUUAAUAUAGUGGUUUUUAGGGGUAUGAUUAUUCAAGUAGCAUAUUAUUCUUCACUUCUGACAUUCCUAUAUAGUACAUAAAUGUUUAAAUACCAAAUAAUCAUUUUAAAAACCUUGAUAUAAAGGGAAAAAUUUUAUCAUCAUAUAUAUUUGUUCAUUUAAUUUGUUAAGCCAUUUUAAUAAAAUGUUUGCUUCUUCCACUGUGGCAAGGGACAGAAUAUUGAUUGUUAAAAUGAAAAAUAUAAAAAAUAUAUAAGGACAGUAUAUAUAAUUUUGCUGUAAUGAUUUUCGUAAGGGACAUUUUGGCAAGGGAUGCUUGUGUAAAUUCCAUACGUAACUUGCAUUGGAAUAACUGUGUCAAUAUUUUUUAAUGGUGAGCUAAGUAAUUUGUUAGCUGUUGAUAACUAACAUUUUAAUGUCGCACAAAAUGUAAAUUACCGAUUGUUGAGUUUUCCUCAAAGUUUAUAUUUUCAUAUUAACUCGACAAUUUCUUUUUUAAAUGUUGUUUUUGUUAUUUGUAAGUUCAUCAUCAUUUUAUUCUUAAUGUUAAUGAUUCCCUGCUGUAUUGUCAUUUCACUGCUUCCUUUAUCCUGUUAUUCCCAAAUUAUAGAAAUCAAAUUCGAGGUAGAGGGUGAAGGCUUGCCAAAACUUGUUCAACCAGAGGUGUUACACCUACUAAUAAACAGCACUUUAACAGAGCCUUGAUAUUAUAGUCCAGAAAUAGCAUAUUAAAACAAUGUAAUGCCACAUUUUGAAACUCAUGAAUGUCGUAAGUGGACUCGCAUAAAAUAGCAUUCCUGACCCAAAUGUCUCACAGCUAAGCUCCACUACAAACUGAUAUUUAAAUACUCCAAAAUAAUGAAGUAAAGGGCUACUAUAAUUUGAAUUAAAUUAAGUAGUAUAACACGGACGCUAUGGUAUUGUUUGAUAUUCCACUGUGAAGGGGGACCCCUUGUAAUUGACUACUGAAUGUAGGGCCCCCAACUUCAUCUUGCUUGUGACUCAUCAUUAAGGACACUGUGUUCCAUUUAGCUAUUUCAGUGUAUGACUUAUACAACUUUCAAUGUACAGUGAUGUGUUCAUCUAGUUCCUUUUCUCAGCCUGUUAUGAAUAUCACUGCCCGCCACCUCGUGACCUUGCAAAAUUAAAAGGCGUUUUUGAAGUUUUUACAAAAUAUUAUGGAAUGAUUGCUAUAGGAACGUGAAGAAAAUAUGGUAAAAUGGGAUUGCCAGUUUGUCCUUUGACCAAACAGUGUUUAUAGAGUCUUAAGAAUAAAAUUAUGUGCAUGAAUUUAUUAGAAUUUAUAUAAACUUUUCCAAAAAGUGGUUCCACAUCUAGCAAAUGCUAUAAAAUUCAAUUAAUGGAUUUUUGUAUCAUUUACUUUAUAUAUCCCUUUAUGAAUCAAACUUUUAUUACCAAACAUUUUACCAUACAAUAUGACUUUUGUAGAAAGUUCUUAACCGGACUUGCCUUUACUAAACAACCUUGAUAAGAUUUAACGUCCAUAAAUAAACAAGCUUACAGUGGUAUUGAAACUUUCUAUGACUUUUAAAAUAUACUUGUUUUAUACAUUUGUAAGUAUUUUAUAACAGAUUUAGAAUUCAAUUAUAUUCAUUACCAAUAUUUUAUCUUUCAUUAUUGUGUAUUAUACGUAGGUUGAAGAUUAAGGUCAUUAUAAACGGUAUAGAAUACAUUUUAAAAUUUGACAUCCCAGCGGUAUGUCAAUGUCAGCAUUUUACUCGGUACAUAAAAUCUCUGCACACAAAAGAAAAUAAUUGUGUGUUUAAAAAUAUUUUUAUAUAUUUUAAAAUAUUGCUCAUAAAAUAUUGUUUUAAUGUUAAUGUCUCAUAUAAUGAUUGCAAUGUUUUUAACCUAGCGAAUAGUUCCAUUGCUGUAAUAAUACAGUAGUACUAUGGAUCGGCAAUGCCCUACAUAUCAAUAAUUAUGACAACAUUUAUUGUCAUUCUUGUGAAAGGCUAACCAAAGAGGAUUGCGCCCUCUAUCAGUCACCUUGAUAUAAAACAUUAUUAUAAGAUCUUUGAUAAAAAAUACAGCAGAUUUUUUACUGUACACAUAGUUACAGCACAUGUAUUCGUUAUGUUUUAAUUAAAAUAAAAUAGAUUUAGUAUCAUUUGGAGUGGUCAUUUUAUUUUGUUUCAUCAUUAAGGGGUCACAUUCUUGUAUCAUUCAUUGAUAGUUAUUGUUUGCAUUGUUGCCGUUCUGUAUACACUAAUAAUAUCUAAUUAUCUUAUAGCAUAUAAUUUUUUUUUUUAAUCUGUUUUUGUUUGAAUUGUUUUGUAAUUUGUUAUAACAACUAUAUUUUUUAAACACUUAUUUCGUUAUGUUUUCACUCUAUUCAUUUCAAAUAAAAUUGACCUACAA